AUGGUUGUCCUGAGGCGAUUAUUCCAAGCGGAGAAAGGUUUGUCGAUGGACCACAGCGAAAGGGAGCCUCGGCAAAGCAGCUUACGGCAAGAUGAUACUCAUUCCGCAAAAGCUUCGCCGCAGUUAGAUGGGGAAAAUCACUUCCAGAAAAUUGAGAAAGAAUUUGAAACCAUGCAUGACCAGUUGCAAACCCAACCAUUGUCCCCUUGGUCUCAGGCCCCGCCAUCUCGUGGUUCAACACGGCCCAAAGAGCGAAACCCUCGUCAUGUGGAUCUGCUCGAUGCUCUGUUCUCCUCGCAUCGAUAUAAAAUCCAGUCUACGACAUCAUUGUCGCCCAUCACCCCGUACAAUGAGGACAUCGCCGAGCGCAACAUGACACGAUUUCUCCAGGAACAACCGCGCAAGAAAAAUAUGUACGCUCGGUUUCUGUCUGCUUUGUAUCAAGAGGACGUAGCAGAGAGAAACAUAACAAAAAGCCGGAGAAGAAGCCGUUCACUGUCGCGCACGAGGGUCGGCGAUCCUGAAGGCCAAGGCGAUGGCAGUUCGCAUUCAAGGUCAAAGAUGGAUCAAAACUCGCGGGAAAUUACGGGUCCAAUGUCCAUGAACGACGCUCAUAGCUGCGUUGCCAGCGCAAAAGAGCGUGUGCCGAGUGGCAGAAAUUCUCUGAAGCACCAAAAAUCAGCCCCAAACUUGUCCGCUGAGCGAGCAAGUGCACCCCAAGGAGCUGCUGGAUCAAACCCUGGCGGACAUCUCGGCGUACCUCCGGCCCACAAACAAGGAGUUACUUGGAGCAAUACUCCUCUUCCUGAUAGUCCAACAAUACCCAUUUCUAUGAGGCACGACAAGAACAUGAACGAAAACCGGCCAAUGCACACAAUGCGCGGCGCGGGCUCUUCACGUCCAUCCCUUUAUCGCAGCCCUCUCAUAUCUUCUCGGCUGGGUUCUAAAAAGAACAUCCGAGAUCUUUCCAUCAAUACAGAGCUGGCGGCCCAUGGUCCAUCAGCUGCAAAAAUCGCGCACCGUGCUAUACAACCCCCGACCCCAAACACCCUUGAAAGGCAGAAUCCCAGCAUCGCCGAAAUCAUGAACAGCCCCCUGCCAGCAGGUACCCCUUCGUCCAUAUCUCCCCUCCCCCCAUCCAAAAGGGUUGAAGAGAUCAUGGAUAUGUUCAGAAAGGCACAUAGCGCGUCUCAAGCUAUUACUCCACAUCCCACUUUUGAGACCCUGCAAGACGCCAUCAUUCGGGAAAUCAACUCCCACGAGGCCUUCCAACGGGUGCCUCCUCCCGCACAGGGCCCUCCUUUCACCCCUUCACCAUCCCAAGAAACCUUCAAGCAAAGUCUUAACAGAACCAGGUCCCUCAAAGAUGGCCAGCUUUCCAAGGUAGCCAGACGAGGCUCUGUGCAGAACCAUACCCGGAGCAAGAGCUCGGAGACGCGCAAAAGUAUAUCCACCAGUGGCUCCCCAAAAGUCUUCCGACGAAGACACACUGACGCUCCGCCACCUUCUCCGGGAUUUUUCGAGACACCCGGAACAAAGACAGAUAGCCGUCAAGAACAGAUGACUUAUAUGGACCUGCUGCUUCGUUCCGAGAAGCCCUUCCCCAACCCUGGAUCCAAGACUUGUGCAGAGAUGGGGAGACCCCUAAACCAAUCUCAAUCUACCAGCAUCGUCUCUUCCCCCCCAAUGUCACAGCGCUCGAAAACAGCCCCUUCCGUGCUACAUCUCCGCGCACAAACGUCGGUUUCGUCCUCGGAAGGCCGGUCAAGCUUCUCUGCUGAUGAUAGUGACGAAGAAGUGAUCGAAUUACCAAGUGUCGGUAUCCCAUGCGUUCAGAUCCAAGGCGUGGAUGAAAACAAUGUGUCUUAUGCUACUGCUCCCACGACGCCGCAGACUGCAUAUAGACUCAUGAACUGGCCACGGAAGUCGAGCAAGAGCAUCAACCCCCGAAACAGAUCUGGCAGUAACCGCCUCCAGGGGAUGCGAUCCGUGGAAUCCUAUUGA